AGGGCGCACUUGAUCGCCGCUGGCUGAUGCUGAAGUGAAUUUUCUCAGUUAUUUUUUCGCUAUGGGCAAACGGUAUUAUUGUGAUUACUGCGACAAAUCAUUUGCUGAUAAUGUGCAGAAUCGAAAGAAGCACAUGCAUGGAGUACAACACCAAUCAUUAAUGAAAAUGCACUAUUUUGCUUUCAAAGACCCUGAAGAGAUUUUAGCAGAGGAAUCAGCAAAGAGGCCAUGCCAACGAUUUAAUCAAUCAGGUGAAUGCAUGUUUGGUCACAACUGCAGAUUCUCACAUCUGACUCCACAACGAAGAGAUGAACUCAUUGCUGAAAUUGAGGCAAGAAAACAAAAACAUUUUCAAAAGUCCAGGCAGAGGGAUGAUCAGGACAGGCAAAGACUGUCGGAAAAUCCUACAGUUGAAGAUUGGUUAGAAAAGAGACAAAAGAAAAGAAAGACUGGUGGAGAGACAAGGCAAGGCACAGAGGGAGGAGCAGCAAAGGAUAUAUCAGCAGAGGACAGUUUGAGGACAUUCAGUCUGCCACCUGCGCUUCAAGGCAUUCCUAAUCUUCCACCUUCUCUUAUCCCACCCUCUAUGGAGUGUUUAAUGAGAGCUAAAGAUGUAGAGUGGGGUUGAUCGUUGAACAGGUGGAGGACUACUUGAUGUAACGGCAGCAAACAACUGCUGCUGAUGUGAUCUUCCAUCAUCUGCCACCCAUCCCACUGAGGAAGGGGCUAACUUGUGCUGAACAGAAUAAGCCUUCUGCGUGUUCGAUCUUCCAACAUGUGACACCCGUCCCACUGAGAAAGGGUUCAGCUAAGCAAAAUAAAAUCAGUUUUUAUACAACAAUUUUUAAGGAUGCAGGAACUGACAAUGACAUUUUAUUCUUCCACGUAAAUUUUUUCAGAUUUGGACAGGGGGCUAGGUUUAAAGGGUAAGGAUUAUGCGGAAAAAAAUGGGCAACCCAUUUCAGGCAAUGAAAUUCAAUUUACAAUAAAAUAUAUAAAAAUGUGCACAAUUCAGCAAAAGUGCUAUCACCAAUUUAUCUUUAUUUGAAAAAUGCUGUAAUGCUAGCAGCAUGCAUUAUCAACUGAUGGCAUCUGAGUAGUAAAAGUAAACUAUAUUACAAUAAAUAUGAAAGAAAACAACA